AUGGCUCAAACAAAAAACAAUAUUCUCAUCACUGGAGGUGGAGGCUUCAUCGGCCAAGAGUUGAUUGUCUCCCUUCUAAAAGAGUUACCCAACGCCAGCUUCACUCUGACGGAUAUCAUCACCCCAUCCGUUCCAAAAGGCGCAGAAUCUCAAGUUACUUCCCUCAAAGCGGAUUUGACCGACCCUUCAUCUGUCAAGUCAUUACUAUCCAACCGUUUCAGUCAUGUCUAUAUCCUUCAUGGCUUGAUGUCAGGUGGUGCAGAGGCGAAUCUAGAUCUCGGUCUCAAGAUUAAUGUGGACUCUGUCCGGACAAUACUCGAUGUCUUGAGGACCGAGCAUCCUGGCACCAAGGUCAUAUUCGCUAGUUCCUGCGCUAUAUACGGCAAGACAGACCUCGUGACAGAAUUUGGAACCCUGCCUCAGCCCAAGAGCUCCUAUGGCAUUCAGAAAUUGAUGGUUGAGCUUCUCAUCAACGAUUACUCUCGCCGUGGGCUUCUUGAUGGCCGUAUAGUCAGGCUACCCACCGUUAUUGUACGCCCGGGUGCACCUUCAGCCGCUGCAUCUAGCUUUGCGUCAGGAAUCGUGCGUGAAUCACUACAAGGUGUGAAGAACAUUCUUCCUGUCAGCCGCGACCUUGAACUCUGGGUUUGUAGCCCGGCAACAGUGAUCAAGAACUUGAUCAAGGUCAAGGAUGUUACCGCGGAGAAGUUUGGAUCUUCAAGAAUCGUUAAUUUCCCCGGUAUUACGGUCACAGUGCAGGAGAUUCUCGACGCGUUGAAAGAAGUUGGUGGCCAAGACGCAUUGGCUCAGAUCGAGGAAAAGAAUGACCCCGCCAUUGAGGCGAUUGUGGCUAGUUGGCCAGCGAGGUUUGAUGUUUCCAGAGCAUACGGACUUGGACUUGAUGCCGAUGGGACCGUGUUAGAUGCUGUUAAAGCGUUCAAAGCAAAGAUGGCAUAG